AUGGCUCACGGAGGUCCAUCAAAUUGGCAUGAAUUCUUUUCAUGGCCGGCGCAGACUCUGCAGAGGUUGCGCCAGAUGAUAGCAGUUCAACGGGUACCAGACAUGGUGUUCACCUCAACCUUCUCUGGUUUAGGUACAGCUGAGAUGGCAGCAACAAUGGCUCAUCGGGAGAUGACAAGCUUCUUCCGACCCUCAUCUGGGACCCACAACUCUGCAUGUGAUUCAGAGGUGAGCUGCCAGUCCAUUUUGUGCAAGAUGGAUUGUUGCCAUGGUUUUCGUGAUGUGAAGGAGUGUUUUGAUAGCACAGUGAUGCAGCUAUUGACGGAAUAUGUGCAUGAGCGCCAUGAAGAGGAAGUGUGCAGAUUUGCAGCGGAUCUAUUGAGCAGCCAUCCGCCCCAAGAGACUGCAUAUUGUGCGAAGUGCAACAAAAUGUGCAAAAGAUUUCCAUGCAAGAAGACGUUGGAUAGUUAUUCCAUUUGGGUUGAAGGUGGUUCUGGCAGCCCUUGCUACCCAUGGACUCCAGCUGCCUAUGGAAGUCAGUUGAGGUGGCUGCACCCGGAAGUCAGUCCUGUUUACUUUGCGUGGCUCUUCAGCUUACUCAAUGCCGAGCCCAGUCCAGAUGCAAUUCUGCAUGAGAAUGUUUCAGGCUUUGAUUGGGAGUCAAUGAAAGAGCUUGUUGGUAGCAAGUAUAUCCUGGAGACAAUUGUUAUUUUUCCAGAAAAUUGCGGGCUAUCGGUAGCCCGACCACGCCGCUUUACAGCUUCUUGGACAAGACAGGAGAACUUGCCUACCAUGAACUACCAUGUGAUGCUGCUUAAACACCAUCAGAAGAUGAUGCCUUUCGAUCGUGAUUUGUGGAGUGCGGCUUGCUUUGCUUCAGUUCAAUGCGAUGCAUCUGUUUUCCUGAAUGCCGAUGAAGAAGUGUUGCGGAAGGAAAAAGAACGAUUGUCUGUCAAGAAGUUUUUGCCUGCUCAGGAUUUGGUCCAGCCGAGAUUGUCACUUGAGCUCCGCAGUCCAACUUUGAUGACAAGCACAAAGCUUUUUGUUGAUUACUUGGACAGCCCGUAUGAUGCCCGACCAGUCCAUGCUUUGGAGCUCUUGGCAAUGCAAGCAUUGCCUCUCUUUCUGCCACCUCCCAAUGACUGGUAUCAAAAGAUCAUUUUGAAUUCUGGCCUUGCGGAUCGUUCUUUGCGAAAGAUGGCCGGCAAUGGAAUGAACCUGUGGGUAGUUGGCCAAUGUUUGAUUUUGAUUUUGGGAACUGUUGCUUGGGAACCCAAGCGUCCAAAUUUGAAACGAAAGCUUGCCAUGCUGAUGCAUGAUGCAGAGCAGUCCGGCAAGGACAAUCCCUGCAACAGCUUGGACCGAAGCAGUUUGGAGACGAGUGAAGAUGCGUUUGCUGAGAAUCUCGAGACUCAGGACAGCCAAGAAGCGCCAGAUACCAUGGAUCAGAAAGCAGAAGGUUUCCCAGAGGAGGUGGCAAAUCUUGAUUCUGACAAAGAUCAGGCCAAGCACCCCACUGACGAGAGCAACGAGACGCAGACCUUCAGAGCUCAGUGUGAGAAGAAAGUGAUCGACAUCAAGGAUGAACCUGAGGUCCUGGAAAUGUCGAGCUCUGAGAGUGACCAAUUCACUGCUCUGGCCACUAGGGUAUUUGCUGGGCCUCCCAACGUAGGAGCUGAGAAGGGUGACAUGGCAAAGAAGAUACCUUUGGCCGAGAAAAAACAACGACGAGAAGACCAACUGGCAAGGCUCAAUGGGAUCUCCAUAACAGGAGAGCUGGAUCCCAGUCAUGCCUUGCUUGAUUUAGCAAACCAGAUGCUCGAAAGUGGAGCAAUCAUGUGGCUUGCGCCGUCGAAGUGCAGCAAAAGGGAUGACGAGGUGCAGAUGGCCUUGAAGGACUCAAAGUCUUCAGUGCAGAUUGAAAAUUCGCAGCUUCGUGUUGGGCCUAGCGUAGAAUCAGUUCAAGCCGAGUGGAACUCAGAACUCAAGUACCAGUGGUGCAUGAUGAGGAGGGGACUGGCUUUCGACCAGUGCCGUGUUCUGAGCUGGAGCGUGCACCAACACUGGCUGAAUUACAUGUUGAAUUUGCUGACGCGACCUGUCAGCCAGGGCUUCCAACAGAUCAAGCUCGAUCAAUUGGUUCGAGCUGACAGAGAGCUAUGGCUCCUGACAAGCCCAAACCUGCACCCAAAGCGCUUCCCACCAGACCAGCAGCAAAAGGAUCUGGAAAGCGCAAGACGAGAGCAGAGAGAAGCUGCCCAGAGGAGCUCAACAAAGGUGGCUGCAGGAUUGUUCUUGGCGCCCUACCUAGGGGACACCGCAUCAAACCACUCGACUAAGAGGCCCUCCAUGAGCCUAACCACUCUUCAGGCCCUAGCCAAAGCUUUAAACUCCUCGACGUACCGAAACAUGGAGGUGAGGCAAGAUACGGAGCUGGAGGCCGCCACUUGGGAAGAAACAGUCGAGGAAGUGAACAAAGGUGACCGGUCGCAUUUGCGCAUGGCUGUAAGGUCUCCGGUGGAUGGCAUGGUGAAGCUUAUCGGCUUCAACGCACUCCCUUUUGGAGCAGUUGCCGUGAGGCUCCUCAGAUGUCCUUUGG